AUGGAGUCACGAGCCAUUGCUCCGCGCCCUCCAGGGGUCAGACGAGAUGAUGAUUUCGAGCCUUCUCGACGAGAACACAUUUCCACGGCCUGUACGGCGUGCAAAUCUCGUAAAUGCAGGUGUUCUGGCGGCCAACCGUGCGACAGCUGUAUCAAGAACAACACGCCGUGUGUCUACGACGCCAACAGCGACAACCGGCGCAAAGUCGUGCUCAAACGCAAGAUCGAGAGUCUAGAAGACGACCGAGACCUACUCGUUCGGCUGCUUGGCACCCUGCGAGAAGACUCGAACCGACGCGUCGUGCCCCUGCUCAACCUGAUUCGCAGCGAUGCCUCGCUAGACGAGAUCAAAGAGUACAUUGACCACCACCACUCCCGCGGUGAGCUGGAAAGGACGCCAGAGCUGGUAGAAGUCGUCGACCAGCUGUUAUCCCCCCGGGCGCAGACGCAGGAGUCGGAGGAUCGCUCGCGCCGCCGUAUCCUCGAUGCAAAGAGACUGUCGGAUGUCCCGCGCUGGAAGGUGCCUGCCAACCCGUGGACGAGCGUCAUCGACGACGACGAGGUCGUCUCGCAUCUCGUCUCGCUGUGGUUCACCUGGUGUCAUCCGUACCAUAACUGGAUUGAUCGGGAGCUCCUCCUUCGCGAUAUGCGGGCGGGAGAUGUGCUCAAUGCAGACUAUUGCUCUCCUUUUUUGGUCAACAUCAUUCUAGCCAACGCAUGUGCUUAUUCUGAUUACCCCGAAUCGUACGCCGAUCCGGACGAAGCGUGCUCCAAAGGCCAGCACUUUUAUGACGAGGCCAAACGCCUGUACGAGCAAGAAGAGGGAGUGAUUGCCUUGACUACAGUGCAAGCACUCGCUGUCCUUUGGUUAAGUGCUGCGCUACUUGGCAAAGAUCGUCGUGGCUGGGUGUAUCAAGGACAGCUCGCGUAUGCGAUGGAAGAAUUUCUGCGCAUCGCCAACCGACAGCCUGAUCGGUACGAGCCACAGGUGGUGAACGAUAUGGUCUGGGGGAUCUGGAAUAUCGGCACGGUGGGUGGACUGGUCUACCAAAGACUCCCCCUAUUCAAAACACCACAAAUAGCCUGCCUCAAACCACCGGCUGCAGAGGAGGAUCAGGAUGAAUGGAUUCCCUAUCCGUCGCAGUCGGCCAGCGUGGCGGCAUAUCUCGCCCAAGUGAGAGGCGCCACCACCGAGAUUAACAAGAUCGUAUAUGACAUCUGCCAGACCUUCUUCAACGAAACCAACGGGCUCGAGCACAUAUCCUUUGCCGAGACGCAACGUAAUGCAGAAGACUUACGGGGGCGACUGCAACGCUGGACAGACGGUCUGGCCGACUGUCUGCAAGACACGGGCACUAGGAGUCCCCAUCUUUUGAGUCUUCAGUACUUGUUUGCCAGCAUGUACCACCACACCAUCAUCAUGACCAUCUACGGCUUUGUAGUGAAAAAAGCAAAAGAAGAAGCCAUACCGCCAGCCGAGUAUCAACACAUCCAAGCCCUCCGGUUCUCGUCUAGCCGCAGUGUCGCUCGCCUGAUGAACCUCCAUCGCCAGUCGUGGGGACUCGACCGUAUGCCUUCGGGCAACAUGCAGUGGAUCACGGUGGCCCAGUCAACCCUGCUCGAGGAUCUCGACUCCAUCGACAACCGAGAAGCCUUCGUCAGCCUAAGCCUUGCCGCCAAAGCCGCCGCCCGACGCUGGCCGAUGGGCAAGGGUCUGUUGCGUUCGAUUGCCAUGACCGCGCGGCAGCAAGGGGUCGUCCUCCCAGUCGAGACUGACACGCUCUUCGCCGAGCUCGAGAACAGCUGGACGGCUAGAGACACCCGCGAGUUUAGCAGUGUCUACCCUGUGUUCGCCAUGACUCUCCAGGCCGAUCGCACCACUCACCAUCGCGAAGUCGCUCUUGAUCGGUUUCUGGACAAGUGGGACGCCCUGCAUCUCGACUAG